GUGGUGAAUUUAGAUAGGAAAUGUCUUCGCGGAGUUGUGGAAACCUCUUUUUGUUAAUUUACAAGUGAAAAAAGUGUAAAUUCGACGAAAAAGUGAAGGAAACUGCAGGAAGAGCGGCCGUAACAGUUAAGGUCUCAGCUGUGACGCGGAGAGAGACGCGGUGAUUCCCGCAGACGGCGCUGCCUCGUUCUCCAGCGAUAACUCUCAGGGCCGACCCUGCUCUGGCGCUCAGUCGACUAUCGCCCGCUGUUGGAGAAAGAGAGGAAAGCACCGACCUGUCUGCCCGCCGCUUUCCAACACACCUGACAUAUAAAAAGACUUGCCGGCAGCUGUGUGUUCCUUGCUUACAGACGCAAGUGACUCACGAUUCGAUCGAAGCGCUUCUUGUGGACCUCAUGAGUUAUGGAUUAACCAUCAGCUGAAUUGGCAUUUUCCAAUUAACGUCACAAUGGUGAAUUUAAUACGACACGAAAGACUGAAAAUUUGGACGGCUGGAAUUUUGCUUCUGGCGAUCACUGCCGUCCGAGCACUGCAGCCUGAAGAAUGCGCGGCUGAAAGCAGAAAAAUUACCGUGAACCCAGAUGCGGAUGCCUUUAUUGGUGUCGUACUGCCAAUCAGGUCGCAAGGAACUGGACUCCUCGGGUGCGGUGCGCCGAGCCAGGACGGUGUGGAGCUUCUUGAAGCCUUAAAAUGGGCCGGCCAAGUGAUGAAUCACGCGGAGGAGACGGAAGGAGAGCAGAGUUUCAUCCCGGGAGUCAAGUUGGGUUUCCAAGUGUGGGACACUUGUGGACACUCGGCCUCACUUCCUUACGCGUUGUCCGAGUUGCUCCCUGUGCUGCGUGACGGCCCUGCUUUCUGCUCACGUUCGCUGGUUGAACCGCAGCUCGGCAAUGAAACGUCAGCGGCGCCUCUCUUUGUUGGUCUCGUCGACGGCGCUGGUGCGACCAGAGACCCCGACAUCAGGGCUGUUCUCGCCGACAACAAUGUGCCCGCCCUGGUGUUGCAACCCGACACCCUUGUGGCCGCUGAGGAUCGCGCCAAGGCCCUCAUAUCCAUGGCUGUAGAGCUGCAGUGGCGUCAAGUGGCAUUCAUCUUCGGCGAUGACGACUAUGGCACCCGCAUGUAUCGCUCGGCCGUCCGUCUGGCCGCCGACAGUGACCUCUGCGUCGUGGCCGCCGAACGCCUCAACGACUUGGAUCAUCGCUCGGCCGCCUCCGCCCUGAUGACGGUCCAGGCGGCCGCGGCUGCCGCCUCUGCCACGGCUCGCGGCAGCAACGUCACAGGAGUGUUGGUCAUGGCGAGGAGGACACACUUCAUGCCCCUUCUGGACGCCGUUCGCCACCUCGAAAGUCCCCACCUUCAGUGGCUAUUCUCCGACUUGCUGGCAGAGCAGGACGUGUCGAAAGGACUGACCUCCGAAAAGUUCUACUCGCUGACUUUGGCGCCACCAACAAUGCCCCGGUUUGAGAAAUUCUGGGCAAGCCAAAUCCAAAACGCGACGGCCAGCAGCGAAAAUUUUGUCCAGCUCUUUGAAAUGCAGAAACGGGGCUGCAGACUGAGUGGAUGGACCGGUCCGAAGGUGGAAGGCCUUCCUAUCUGCGGAGAUGACAUCGAGUUGGACGCCCCUGACUCUUUAGGAGCGGCCCUUCGAGGAAGAAACUCCGCCGCCGCCUUGCACGUGGUCUACACUUUGGCGCACGCCCUGAAAUCUGCCUGGACUGAAACGUGCCAAGAGCCUGGCGUUUGUCCCGAGUUGAGGUCAAUUGACAGGCAGCAGUUCAACGCCAGACACCUGGCUGCGGUUGAAGUGGACUAUUCGGUGCCCCAAGGAAGGAUGGUUGGGCUGCCGAAGACCAGAUUAGGUGACCCUAGUGAGAUGUCAGCUUCUAGUUUGACUUUGAUGAAGUACCAGAGAGGAAAAGAUGCACGGAAAUUACGAAAAUUGUUUGAAUACACUUUCGGUGGCCCUGAAGCUCCAAACCCUGAUCGCGGCCACAGAAGCGCCUUCAACAGGGUCGACUUCUGCUCCGAGCCCGACGACCCAACCCAAUGCCCUCGGUGCCUUCGUCUUCGCGAGGCCCGAACCCGCGACAGAACGGCCCCCCGAUCCCUGAACCCCUCAAAUCGCCCCCCUGCACACCACACGAUUUCCUCACCCCAACAUGUCUAUAUCGCCGGCAUCUUUUCCGUUCACCAGGCACCCUUUCCAGGUGCACCCUUGCUGGGCGAGUGUGGCGCCCUGGAGGUCAAAUCGGCGCGUCAGGUCGAGGCCUUCACCUGGGCCCUGAAACGCGUCAAUGAAAAAUAUCUGAGCCCUGUCAAUAUCAAAUUAGGGGCUGUUUUGCUCGACGCUUGCCACAGCUCAGGUCGCGCCCUCGCCCUUCCGGCCACCCUGCUGGGCGAAGGAGCCGAACCGAUUCUAGCUGCUGUAAACGCCCUGCAUGAAAAUGAGGCUCAUCUGGCGUCGUCCGUUUUCAGGGCAAUGAACAUCACCUCAAUUUCCACCGAUGCAUUCAAAAGCGGACACGAUGCAUUUGAAAUGCAAAUUCGUCCUUCAGCUGAAAUUUAUGGAUCUGCCUUGAAGGAGACUCUGAAGGAACUGGAAUGGGAUUACGUCAGUGUGGUCAGGUCGGCUGACAACAAAGGUGCGGAGGCUGCAGUGAAAAUUCUGAGAGAGGCGUCCGUCUGCAUUGCUACGGAGGAGAUUUUAACAAGCGAGUCAAACUUUAUUGAGACGGUGGCUAAACUUGUUUUGAUGAGAAGAAACGGCGCCAAAGGUGUGAUUUUGUGGGUGAAACCUGAGGAUGCGAUGAAGAUCAUCAAGGAAGUUGGCAAAUCGGGCGAGACUAAGAAAGAAAAUGAGCUUUUCUGGAUGGUUGUCGACGAGCACAGCAAUCCUGAAUUGCAGAAAACGAUCUUGGAAACUUCUGGAUCAGCAUUUAUUUUCAGCCCAAUGCAAAAUGAAGCCAAGGAAUUUGAGCAGCAUCUUCGACUGCUCAGAGAUGAGGAUGUAGCCAAGACCACAGACAAUCCAUGGCUUGAAGUUUACUAUAGCAAGGCAUUGAGGGCUUGUGCUGACAAUGAUACCGCUUGUGACCAGCAGCAGCGGACCCUGCAGCUGCAAGGCAGCGCCGACAACGCCAGAAUCAUCCAAGCAGUUUAUGCAGUCGGAGCGUCGAUCGCUCGAGCGCGACGAGAGCUGUGCCCUGACCUUCCCGCCGGGCUGCCGGGUCUGUGCCCGCCAGGUGGAAACAGGCCGGAUAUGAAGCAAACUGUUAAUUCGUACCUGCACACAACGCCUUCGGAGAGCGCGGGUGGAGCUGGAGAUGAAUUCAGAUUCACAGCCCGUGGAGCCGGAGAUGUGCCUGUCGAGAUUCAUCAGCUGAGAAAAAGGCAGGGUGGAGCGGCAAAUAAAUCUGCUGUGCUUGAAAAGGUUGCUUCCAUCAGUCAGUCCACUGCAGACACAAAAAACCUUCAACUUUUGUCGCAAAACUACGGUUCCCCGUCAAGAUGCGCCUCGGACUGCAGCAGUUGCCGCAAGCCGAGCAGCCGCUUUGUCCUGACCCACCCUUCCAACCCUGAGAACAAACCCCACUUUUAUGUUGGCGUCAACCUCGGCAUGCACGCCCAGAGUGCUUCAAAUCCUCUCGAGUGCGGCGGCGCAAUCAGUCGGCGCGGCGUGCAGAACAUGGAGGCCCUUUUGUGGGCCUUGGACCGAUUCAACGCCAACAACUCUGUCCACCUGUCAGCCGUCGUCAUGGACAGUUGCGGCAGCAGAAUGCGCACCUCCAGGGACGUGGCCCUUCUUCUCGAACAAAAGGACGAAGUCCAGGCCGAGAGAAUCGUGACCAUGAUCACCAACGACGGCGCCCAGGUUGCGGAGAGCACCGCAAAUUUGGCCGCACCCUUCAGCAUCCCAGUCAUUGGCUCAGAAGCGCCCUUCCACAAACAACACUCGCCCUACCCUCUUCAGCUGAACGCAGGCCUCAAAAUGAGAAUACAAACUGUAAUGAGGCUCAUCAGGAAACUCGGCUGGGAUUCGAUUUCCGUCGUUACCACCGAAGACGCUUCAGAAAGUGAGGCCAUGCUGAAGUUGGCGCAAUUUGAGGCCAAGAAACAGUCGGUAACCAUCAUGAACACGGUCACUCUGCCGGACAUCAGGGACAACUUGGUGGUGGAAGUUUUCAAGAACACCAUCAUGGAAGUGAGAGACGUAGCCAGGGACAGUGGCGUGCGAGCCGUUUUGGUUCUUUUGCCACCAAGCCAACUUGAGCAACUCUUCAUGGCUUCCCGAUCUCUGCACCAGGAGGGAGAAGUUGUGCCUGGAGAACUGGUUUUCCUUGGAAUUAAGCACGAGGAAAUUUUCCAAAAAUACAGUGACCAAACUAUGGGCUCAUUAGUAUUGCAGCCGAAAGUGGGAUGGGUGCAGGAAUUCGAGCAGUACUUCCGCUCGUUGAAAGAAAACAAUGAUAGAAACCCAUGGUUCCGCGAAUUCUGGUCGUCUGUGUUCUCCUGCUCUGGCCAAAACUGCAACGGCAAUUUGGAGCUGCCCACUUUUAAAAUGGAGCAAGACCCUGCUGUGAUUGCCAUUCUAAAUUCAGUCACAGCGGUUUCUCAUGCCCUGGAUACUGUAGAACGUGACCUCUGCUCAGAAGAAGUUGGGCCAAGAUGUCUGGCAAUUCAGGACGCCAAACUUGUGCGAAGCCGCCUGUUUGAGGUCAUGCCCCACAUGGCCUUUGUUGGUGCUGGUAUGAGCGGAGUCGCGUUUUCCACUGUGGCGGGCGAUAAUUUGGGAGCUUCGCUUCACGUGCUGAACGUGCGCCGUAUUGGAACCAACGUUUUUGGGUUGGUGCCUGUUGGAAUAACCACCAGGAGUGGCGACCUGCAGCUGAACCGCAACACCAUGAAAGCUUAUGCUAAAGAUCUGACCGAGGUGCCUUACACAGAAAUCAGCUCCAAGUGCGCUGAUUGUGGAGUCAAAGAUCAAAAGGCUGAUUAUAUGGAGGUUUCCCCUGGAAACAAAGUAACCAUUCUGAGCUUCAGCUCAAUUCACUCAGCCUCCCCUGACCAGUCUUCAAAUUGCGGCCCUUUGAAAAGCAUGGACUCUUUCCAGAGAGCAGCUGCCUUGGCCUUCGCCAUUGAAAAAGUCAACUCAAACCCCAAUUUCACUGGAAUCAGUGGCCUCCACUUCGACGACUGCAGCAACCCUUCAAGGGCCAUUUAUCAGACCUAUGGCUACCUGGCCGAAAAAACGGCCGAAAGCGAACUUAUCGUGUCAAGCCCCAAAACCGUCGCUGUUGCCCUUUUAGCUGACAACAAACCUAACGAAGGACUUGAAUUAAUGUUGGGGUCACAAUCAAUUCCCCUCACCCGGACUGAAGAUUCACAAGCCAUCAUGAAAGCUCGUCUACACGCCGCCGUUUCCAUCGGCCAAGAACUUGGCUGGUCUAGAAUGACGAUCAUCCGAAAAGAGGGCUCCCUGUGGGGAAAAACUGCCGCUGAAAUGCUCAUAUCUGAAAUUUUCCCCACCAUUAAAACUAUGUGUGUUGGCGAAGAUCUCGAUUUGAACGUCGACCAAAAGGAUCUGAGACGUGAUUUCCAGCUGGACUUAAACACUCCUUUUAUUCUCUUAUUUGAAAAUGCAGAAGAGACUCAAAAAAUGCUCAACGUCCUUUCUGAAUCGAAGAAACGAAACCGAAUUUUGAUCGCCUCUGGAUGGGACGAUUCCAUUUCUUACAACGGCUCGGCUGAAAUUUUCGCCAUUGGCCGAGAUCUGUCGACUGAAAAUGUUCCCGGAUUCCGAGAAUUUGUGACCAGUGCGGUCACCUCCAGCCCAGGCUACAUUCCAGCCAGCUGGGCCGCCGAGUACGUGGAAGCAGCAGCCAACGGCGCCAAGUGGAAACAAGCUUAUGGCGUGUCUGAAAUCAUAAAAAUCGUUGAACUUCUUUCAACUGAAGUCCAGCGCCUCUGCACCCAAGACAAGGGCCUUCCUCUGUGCGGUCAAGAUUCAAAGGGUUUCAGAGAAGAAGUGCAAGCCACCCUGACGGCCCAUUUGUCCUCCACGGCUCCCAAUCUGGCCGUCUGGCGCAUGAACGGCAGCAGGUUAUUUGAAAAGGUUGGAGGGUGGAAGAGAAAGGGUGGUCUGAGCGUGACGGCCCGAAAGUGGAAAAAAGCCGUGAAUGCGACCAACGAGUGCGAGUCUUUCAGGAUCGGCCGCUCAGGUAAAUUGACCUCUGUCAUUGACGAGGUGCCCAACCCACCUGCCAUCAUCGGAGAACUCCGAGAAAUGUGGGGUCUGGUGACGGCGUCUAUCAGCAUUUUAGGCGCCUUGGUUGCAGUGGCGUUCGUCGUCUACUUCGCCAGCGCCACCGAAAAGGCGGUCGGCACCUCCGUCUUGGGUUACCAGAUCCUCUUCGGAGUCCUCAUCCUUUACCUCUCCAACCUGACUUUCCUGAUCGCCCCCUCUGAAAUCGGCUGCUUCCUCCGCCGACUUGUGCCGUCCCUUUCGUACGCCAUCAUUCUCUCCGGGAUGCUCAUCAAGGUGGUCACCAUUUGGCGCUACCAGGACAACCCCAAGGCCGAUCUUGAGAUUGAUCCUUUGUCCCGACCCUGCGGCCUCCUGUGCUGCUCCUUCUCCCUUAUCAUGGUGCAGGCCUUUUUAAGCGGAGGGUGGAUCCUCCUGGUACCAGCCGGAGCGGCUCCUCCGACUUCCUUUGGCGGUUCUUGGACGUGCAUGGCCGCCUCAAGCAAGGAAAUUCUCAGCUCCCUUAGUUACGUGGCCACCCUGAUUUUGCUCACCAUCAUGGUCUCCUUCAAAGCCAGAAGACACCCUGAGGCCCGCAACAUUUUGGUCUGCUGCAUUUUCCUCGCCUUCGGAGCGGGAAUGUGGACCGCAGCCGCCAACAGCGUGACUUUGGCCGCCUUACAUAAGGACUGCAUGGCCGGAGUAGUGGCCGGCCUGGUGGUGGCCACCCUGGUUCUCAUCACGAUUUUCAUCCCCAAACUGGCGCAGCACUCGCGCCUCAGCAAGGACAAGAAGAUCCAGCAAAUCCAGCACGCCACCAUGAGGGCUCACAAAAACAUGCAGCCUGUCAUGUAUGGUGUGCCGCAAUACUCGAAUCCGUCACCUAACAGCUCGUCGCGAUCCGUGGUGAUCAAAGCUUUCCCAGAUGUGGACGAUAUGGUUGGAGUGGAGCACGUUCUCGGCAGCGAAGCGUCCAUUCAGGACGACAGCACCGAGCCCGAGCUGGCCAACUUGCGGGCGGACCACGAGGAGUUGGAAGCGCACUCGCCAGCCCUUGAGUUGCCCACCUCGGAGGCCCUGUACCCCAUCGACAUGUACACGGGGCCGCCGGCAACCACUUCCACGUUUGGGCACGGGGCGCCGCCACCGCCCCCGAUGCCGAGAAUUUCACUAGUCGAUCACUAUCUGCCGGGCUCCAACGAGUUCACCGCCCUGCCGCCGCCGCCCGCCAGCCUUCUCGGCAGCAGCAGCGACGAAGAGGACUACUCGCGACACGAGGGAAUCUCGUACAUCUAGUGCUUGAGAGGUGAAACCAAAUUAACUUAAGCAGACUUAAAUGCUCAAUGAAGUCAGUGAACCAUUUUCCAACUGUGCUACCUACAGACGCUUGGAUUUGUAUAUUUUUAAAACUGUGUAAUAUAACCGUGUCUAGACUGUAAAAUAAUUUAUUGCAAUUAAAAUAUAUGUAACAUUAUACCAAAAUAAAGUUUUUCGCUUCAGAAAUU